CUUGUAGCAGAAGAAUAAAGAUGGCCGCCGUCAGGUCGGUGGAAGAAUCGGAGCCUUUUUUAUUAAACUGUCUCUUUUACUAACGACGCGACGGAGCGAGCGAUGCGGGUCGUGGAGACGCUCGCGGGCAGCGGAGCUAACGGGCGGUAGUCGGGCGCGUUCCCGGCCGUGAGAGCGGCUCAGCGUGCGGCUGAAGCCGAUGGGCUCCUCGGUGUAUUUGGGUAAAAAAGACGGAAGACUGCGCAUCAACAGAGCGAAGCGGCGAUGCUAACAUGCUAACCUGCUAACGGGUCCAAGCAACAUGUCGAACCGGAGCCGAUUCUCCAGGAAAUAAGAAAAGCAGAAGAAUCAUUUCGACCGACGACCUCCUUCUGUAUGGAGCCACCACAGGACGACGUCAAGUGAGAGCGCAGACAGACAGACGCAGCACUCUCUUAACCGCAGGAUGGCGAGCAGGAGGAAAUCCACCACCCCCUGCAUGGUUCCUCCCAGAGAAACCGUCGACUCAGACCAGGAGAUGGAGGAAGUCACGGACGAGACAGAAGGGGAAGCAGAGGACAGUAAUGGCGUGGGGACCAUCUCUGCGGAGGUUUGCGACCUGUCGGCCGAGCAAGGGGGCGAGGCCGACGUCCGACAGGUGUCAGACCACUACCUGGACCUGAACAUGGCCGAGGGAGGAUACGAGUGUAAAUACUGCAGCUUCCAGACGUCCGAGCUGAACCUGUUCACCAUGCACGUGGACACGGAGCAUCCUGACGUCGUCCUCAACACCUCCUACGUCUGCAUGGAGUGCGACUACCACACCAAGAGUUACGACACGCUGCUGGCCCACAAUGCUCGUCUGCACCCAGGUGAGGACAACUUCACACGGACGAUGGUGAAGAGGAACAACGAGACCAUCUUCCAGCAGACGGUCAACGACCUCACCUUUGACGGCAGCUUCGUCAAAGUGGAAGACGACGAGGCGGAGGAGACGUCCCACAAGGGCAUCGCCCUCAGCAAGACGCCCAUCAUGAGAAUCAAGAGCAGACUGGAGCCCAAGAAGUUCACUGCUACGCACAAAAUGGCCAUGGACGACAUCAUCAAAGUGGAAAGUGACGAAGAGGACGAGGAGAACAAGGAGCCGCCCACUCUGUCUCCCGCCCCGAUGACCCCUGCCGCCAUGACCCCUUGCCUCAUCCCCAUCUCCACGCCGCUGCAGCUCCAGGCCAUCCCGCAGAGCAUUGUGGUCAACAGCUCCAACGUGCUGCACAUUAAAGGCAGCUCUGCCGGUGGCGGCACCGUGCUGCCCCCGGGGACGCUGGCUCAGGUUCUGUCGGCGCUGCAGCAGCAGCACAGCGCUCAGACCCAGACUCAGCUCCUCAUCCCCAUCAGCAGCAUCCCCACAUACAACACGGCCAUGGACAACAACGUCCUGCUGGUCAGCGCCUACAACCGGUUUCCGUACCCCUCCGUCUCUGAGAUCAUGGGCCUGUCGUCUCAGACCAAGUUCAGUGAGGAGCAGAUCAAGGUCUGGUUUUCUGCUCAGAGGCUCAAACACGGAGUCAGCUGGACGCCGGAGGAGGUGGAGGAGGCGAGGAGGAAGAAGUUCAACGGCACGGUGCAGAACGUCCCUCAGACCAUCACCGUCAUCCCCGCCAACAUCGCUGCGGCCACCAACGGUCUGCAGUCCAUCUUCCAGACGUGUCAGAUUGUCGGACAGCCGGGCCUCGUCCUCACUCAGGUGGCCGGUAACGGCAGCACCUUGCCCGUCGCCUCCCCAAUCACCCUGACGGUCGCGGGUGUCCCCGGCAACCAGCCAAAAGCUGCCGAACCAUCGACGUCGGAAUCAAAGACGGAGAUGUCUGUGUCUUCGGCCAGCGUGCCGCUCAGUUUGGACGCAGCAGGGACGAAACCGAAGAAGUCCAAGGAGCAGCUGGCAGAGCUGAAGGCCAGCUACGGCAGGAGGCAGUUCGCCACGGAGGUGGAGAUAUCUCGGCUCAUGCAGGUCACUAAACUCUCCAAACGAGCAAUAAAGAAGUGGUUCAGCGACACGCGUUAUAACCAGAGGAACUCGAAGGAUCACCACGGCGUCCUGCUGAGUGAGGCGGUGCCCAGCAGAGCGGCGUCAGCAGGGGGAGGCAGAGCAGGAAGGACCAGCAGCGGGAGUCUGAACGACAGCAGCUACAGCGACCACGCCACCACCACCAUUGUUAUUGACUCCAGCGACGACGCCAGCGACUCCUCCCCGACCUCUGCCAACGCACCGGGGUCGUCCUGUCCAUCCAGCGCCCCCAGGGUCAAAUUCCGCCACGCCUUCCCUGACUUCACGCCACAGAAGUUCAAGGAAAAGACGCCGGAGCAGUUGCUCAUCCUGGAGGCCAGCUUCCAGAAAUUAGACACACCCUCGGACGAGGAGCUGAGCCGGCUGCGAGCAGAGACGAAGCUGACGAGGCGCGAGGUAGACGCCUGGUUCACCGAGAGGCGGAAAAUGCCGCCAGCGGCCAAAGAUGUCGACAGCGAUGGAGAAGGAGAGAAGGUUAAACCGGCCUCGGCUCAGGAGAGGCACACGACUCCUCCUGGUGGCAGGAAGUUGGUGAAGAAGACGCCGGAGCAGCUCCACAUCCUGAAGAAAGCGUUUGUCCGCACGCAGUGGCCGACAGCCGAGGAGUACGACCAGAUGACGGAGGACAGCCGCCUGCCGAGGUCGUACAUCGUCAACUGGUUCGGAGACACGCGCUACGCCUGCAAGAACAGCAACCUGAAGUGGUACUACCUCUACCAGAGCGGCAAGGAGGACGAGGCGCUGAACGGUGGCGCCAAGAAGAAGCCGAGGAAGCGUUACCGAGGUUGGUCCAGGAGGACGCGCCGGCCUUAUCCCUGCAAACCUUCCCCACAGGGGGGCGCCACCGCCAUCAAGGUGAAGUCCGGCAAAGCGUUUCUGAAGGACUACUUCCUUAAACACCGAGCCCUGAGUGAGAAGGACCUGGACGACCUGGUGACCAAGUCCAGCAUGAGCUACGAGCACGUGAGGGACUGGUUCUCCUCCACCGCCAGGCGGGUGGAGGAGGGCAAGGAGCCGUUCAGUGACGAGGAGGCUGAGGGAGAGGACGCUGAAGGAGAGGAGGCUGAGGGGGAGGAUGAGGAGGAGGAGGAGGAGGACGAGGAAGGGGAGGAGGAGGAGGAGGAGGAGGCGGCGGCGGCGGCAGAAGAGCACGGAUGCAGCGAGGAAGAGAUGGAGGUGAAAGAACAAGGAGAGGAGGCUUCAGAUGACGAAUGCAAGGAGGAAGAAGAGGAGGAAGAGGCGGAGUUGGAGGAGGAGAUCCAGGAGGAAGCUGGAGAAGUCAGCCAAUCACAGCCUCAGGCAGAGGAGCAGACAUGAGCCUGCAGAAUUAGCAUUGCUUCCCCCAACCGCGGAGCCGGCACAGACGGAGAUAUACAGGUAUGUCAGUGUUUCUCAGCUGGCGGCUCGGGACCCAAAGACGCCGCAGGAAGCUCAGACAGAUCACGUGACACUGAACCGACGGCGUUGUGCCUUCGAGUUGAACUUUGGGUCCCGAUGAAGCUGAGAGGCACUGAGACAACGAGCGGAAUUAAAGGACGUCAGGACUUGGUUUGUUUUGAUGAACUGUGGGGACCAACUCAACGUCAAAGACGACGCUUCUCCCCGAGCGGCGGCGCCACGAGAGUAAGUUCCAGCUCUGCUCCUGUACAACUCACAAGCCUUUUACUCUGGUGAGAAUGACGGGGCUUUUGUUUUGGCCUUUACGUCACUUUUCUUAUUAAAAAAAAAAAAAGCGUUUUAAGGUAAACUUUGUAUAAAGGAAAAAAAAUCCAAAACAUUUCAGAGGUGAGACCUCGCGUGGUUCUGUCGUUAUUAAAAACCUUUUCUCAGGGGAACGUCUUCUCCCCAAAACCCGACGGUGAAAACUUCUUUCUCCUCUGAAAGAAAAGGUUUUGAAAACCACAACUGUCUGAAUUAGUGCCAUUCUGUUAAUAACUUUGUUUUAAAUUUAAAAAAAAGUGCUGGAAUAAAUUCCACGUUUUAACUCUUUUAUAUUUUUUCAAGUGAUUUGUUACAAGUCUGAUCGACAUUUAAUGGAACCUGAUUCCAUUGUGCGACUGUUUAAGUUCUUUGAAAAGCGUGAUCAUUUCCAUGUUGGCAGGUGUUUGGGUCCAUUCCGUUUCAAGGAUGUCGAUUCAAAUUACCUCCAAACACAAACCUCGUGAAUCACAGAAACACAAGUGAAGCCAGAGAUAAAAACAGAAAACUUCUAGAAUCCACCGUUAAACGUCAGAGUUUCGGACUGAAACGAUCCCACUGUGGAAGCGUGUGGACGAUGAGUUCAAAUCACAAACUAAAACCUUCAUCAACACAAAAGAAAUGAUGUUUAUGAAGAUUUUUCUCUAUGUUAAAUCUGUGUUUAGAUUUUCAGAAUAAAAUAUAAUCAUGGAUCCUUCGGCGGUGAAUGAUUCACGUUCACCUCCUCGUCACGAGUCGUCUGCUUGGACCUCAGAUUCAUUUCUUCACUUGAUCGACUUUAAAGGGAUUUGAACCCAAAUACUGUUUGUAUCCUCGUCCAAAAAUGAAAUAAAGUUUAUAAAGAGAAAAAAGCUAAGGCAUGUUUGCUCUACUUCAGGAAACAGGCAACUUUACCUCAGAGAGUUAAGCUACAAAAACUCAGUAAGAUUGUGACAUUUACACUUUACGACAGUUUAAAAAAUAUACUGUAUGCAUGAAAAUACAAGUAGGCGAUAUUAUUAUGUCUUUUCAGAUGGCGUUUAUUUGUCCUCGCCAAAGUAAGAGAAUCACUUUAAAGAGAAAUAAAGGAGACGUAUAGUUAUCGGUGCAUUUAUUUGCUCCAAUACGGGUGAAACGAGUCGACAAUAACUUUUCAGGUUUUCCACAAGAAUCACAGACGAUAUUUUAGGGACAUGAAAACAAAAGCACUUGGCUCGGUGCCGAACUUUUUAACUUUUUCAUACAUGUGGGGGGGAAAAAUGAGAAGAAAUAAGCUUUUAGUUUGCUUUUCUCAGCUCUUCCUGUUUACUGAACCAUGCAGGAGCCUGUUAGCAUAUGCAAACGUCACAGAACAAUCAGCGGGCAGAGCGGGGACUGUACAAACCUCUUUGAUUCAGUUUGUUUCUAUCAAGGUUUCUUCAGACACACGGGAUCUUUAUACGAGCUGUGUGAUUUUGCAAAGUUAAUUCUUUCUGCCCUUUCUUUAAAUUGCUUUAAUAGACAACAGUUGUUAGUAGAUAAUUUAUUUAUUAUAUCUGGAUUUCAUGAGUAUCUUUUUUUUUUUUGUCUGCAAGCAAAAGAAAUAAAAAGUGAAAAACCCGA